CACAUUUUAAAGGCUCAGGGCUACCAGUUUAAACAUUCGUUUUCAUAAUGGACAAAGAACAGCAAUACGAACGUGUAUUCAGACAUCUGGACAAGAAUGGUGACGGGAAGCUAUCACCACCGGAGCUCCAAAUUUGCAUCGGGAAGAUUGGUGAGGAGUUGUCAUUGGAGGAGGCGGAGAUUGUAGCUGAGUUAAUAGACUCAGAUGGUGAUGGAUUAUUGAGCUUUGAUGACUUGGUUAAAGUGGUGGAAGGUGCAAAUGAAGAAGAAAAGGCGAAUGAUUUGAAGAUGGCGUUUCGAAUGUAUGAAGAAGUUGAGGGGUGUGGUUGUAUAACGCCCAAGAGUUUGAGGAGGAUGCUUAGCAAACUAGGAGAGUCGAGAAGUGUGGAUGAAUGUAAGUUGAUGAUCGCCAGGUUUGACCUCGAUGGCAACGGGUUCCUUGAUUUCGGCGAGUUUCAGGACAUGAUGUCAUGAUGAUUAGUAUGCAUGAUUCAGAAUAUUAAUUACCUGAUUGAUUCAUACUUCAUGUGUACGUUAUGUAUUCUUUCAUUCUUCACGCCUUCAUGGCCUAUAUGCCUAUAUGUUUGUGCGUUCCUUCGUCUUUAGAUAAUUCUUUUGGUGAUUGACAUCAUUUAAUUUGUUUUUUUUGUAUAUGUGAUAGAUGAUUCAUUCGUCCGAGUUGUAAAUAUAAUUGGCUAGCUAUUUAUUUGCAAUUUCACUUGUUACUUAUCUAUCGUCUUUUAAUAUACACCUCUUUAUAAAGCUCAAAAUUAA